AUCAACCCGGCACAAAAGGGGUUUGAGGAACUUCCUCAGUUAACUGAGCGAGUAUAAAAUAUAAAGGUUCAAGUCAAAUACAAGCACUCUGCUGAAACAUUCCAAAAAUGAGGCUGCAUUUGCUACUACUAUUGGUCGGACUCCUGUUGUCGGCUGGGGUCCAAUCGCAGGUGCUCCUUCCGGGGCUUCGGGUUCGGCAAGUUCCUGUCCUAGAGAAUGGUCAAAUCAGAGCGGUGCAGUAUCUGGACGCAGCUUCCACAGUUACACCCGAGUUGGUCAGGGAUCAAUUCAGCAGACGAUUUAUGACGCUGGCUAAACCCUUAAUUAGUGGUACCCCCCCUCAAACCAGUCUUCCAAACCAUUAACUUAUAAAAAAUCUACU